AUGAGUGCGCCAGAAAAUAAUCCUUACCUCGCUCACCGUUAUGCGAAAGCUGGUCCCUCUGGUGCCAACGCUGCUCCAGUUGGCACCAAAGAGCCUCUCUUUGGCUUCAUUCCUCGUCAUGUCAAAGGUGAACAAGUUCGGCAGGCGAUGGACCAGGGCGUCAACCCUUUCACAAAAAGCCCUCAUACGGACCAGUAUAAGAAGAUAUUGGAGGGUCGAAAAAAACUGCCAGUUUAUGCACAAAUGGAUGAGUUUCUGCAGAUGUUCUCGAAGAAUCAAAUAAUUGUCAUGGUUGGCGAAACGGGUUCAGGGAAGACAACACAAAUUCCUCAAUUUGUAGCAUAUUCCGACCUACCGCAUACGCGAGGAAAACUUGUCGCCUGCACUCAACCGAGGAGAGUUGCUGCCAUGUCGGUAGCAAAGCGUGUAGCAGACGAGAUGGAUGUUCAGUUGGGGCGUGAAGUCGGAUACUCGAUUCGUUUCGAGGACAUGACGGAGCCUGGAAAGACGUUCCUCAAGUACAUGACUGACGGUAUGCUUCUGCGAGAAGCCAUGAACGACCCCGAUCUUCAACGCUACUCGACCAUCAUUCUUGAUGAAGCCCACGAACGCACGCUGGCCACAGAUAUUCUCAUGGGUCUGCUGAAAAAACUGGCGCAAAAGCGGGAGGACCUCAAAAUUAUAGUCAUGUCCGCAACCUUGGACGCGGUCAAGUUCCAAAAAUACUUCAGUGUGCGAUCUUCUGGCUCCGCCCCGUUAUUCAAAGUCCCUGGCCGAACGUUCCCUGUCGAGGCAAAGCCUGAAGCAGACUAUGUUGAAGCUGCUAUUCGGACCGUUUUGAUGAUCCAUCGAGCAGAGGAGCCCGGUGACAUCCUACUUUUCCUCACUGGCGAGGAAGAAAUCGAAGACGCGUGUCGGAAACUCAAGCUAGAGGUGGACGAUUUAAUAAACCAGGAUCCAGACGCUGUCGGUCCAAUGACUUGCAUACCGCUUUAUUCGUCACUUCCUCCACAACAGCAGCAACGGAUAUUCGACCCAGCACCUCCCGCUCGAGGCAGUGGCCCGCCAGGCCGCAAGGUCGUUGUUUCCACCAACAUUGCUGAGACCUCGUUGACAAUUGACGGGAUUGUCUAUGUGGUCGACCCUGGCUUCUCGAAACAAAAAGUGUACAAUCCUCGUAUCCGAGUCGAGAGUCUCCUCGUCAGCCCCAUUUCCAAAGCAUCAGCACAGCAAAGAGCUGGACGAGCAGGUCGCACACGGCCAGGAAAAUGCUUCCGCUUGUACACCGAAAAAGACUUCAUGAGCGAACUAGAGGAGCAAACCCACCCUGAAAUUCUCAGGAGUAACUUGAGCAAUGUUGUCCUAGAGCUGGUCAAACUGGGAGUCAAGGCUAGUAGUGCAUAUUCUCCGGUUGCAAUACAUCUGACAGUACUCCAGGAUCUCGUCAAAUUCGAUUAUGUGGAUGCUCCCGCCCCAGAAACACUCAUGAGGGCACUUGAGCUUCUGAACUACCUUUCAGCCUUGGACGACGACGGCAAUCUCACUACGCUGGGUGGAAUUAUGGCCGAAUUCCCUCUAGAUCCUCAGAUGGCUAAAAUGCUUAUUGUCAGCCCUGAGUUCAAAUGCAGCACUGAGAUAUUGACUAUUGCUGCUAUGCUAUCUGUCCCCAACGUGUGGCUCCGACCUAACAACCAAAGGAAGGAAGCAGAUGCCGCCAAAGCAUUGCUCAGUGUCCCUGAUGGCGACCAUCUGACCCUGCUCAAUGUUUACAACGAAUAUAUCAACAACCAACACGACAAGAACUGGGCCUGGACGCAUUAUUUAUCGGCACGUGCUCUCGCGCAGGCUGAGAACGUGCGGAAACAACUUGAGCGGACGAUGGAGAGAUUCGAGAUUGAAUUUGUCAGCAUCUCGGACCCCAACAAAAUGUACAUGUACGUGAGGCAGGCACUCAUCUGCGGCUUCUUCAUGCAGGUUGCCCAUAAAGAAGGAGAAAAGGGCAGCUACCUGACCGUCAAGGAUAACCAAGUCGUCGCCCUACAUCCUUCCUGCGGGCUAGACACCCAACCAGAAUGGGUUCUUUUCAACGAGUUCGUUCUGACUACUCGUCCUUAUAUUCGGACCGUAUCGGAGGUCCGACCAGAGUGGUUACUGGAGUAUGCGACGACCUACUUCGAGUUGUCGUCAUUUGCAGAUGGGGAAACAAAACGAGCUCUGCAACGGGUAGCCAACAAACGGGCCGGCAAACUUAGCAGAACGGAGAGGAAUGGGGAGAACAGGGAAGCCAAGAGGCUGAAAAAGGAUCGACGAUCACGAACUCCGUUUUUGCUUGCAGGACUAGGCAUCACUCUUCUGCCUCGAAUCUACUCAGAUUCAGAGGACAUACUUGAUCCAGACACUGGAAUAUCGUUUCCGAGGACGGUCAAUGUGCCUGGUCAGUUCAAGACACCGCCAUUAGAGUUGGUGGGUGUAGGAGUUCGGACGGUUUCAUUCCUUGGUAUCAAGGUCUACAGUCUCGGGUUUUAUGCCGACUUGUCCUCAAAAGAGCUGCGAUUGCGACCAGACAUGACGGCGGACGAGAAAAUAGAGCAUAUAGUCCGAAACGCAGCCUGCAUGCUCCGCAUCAUCCCGACCCGCAAUACCAGCUACACCCAUCUCAGAGACGCGUUUGUCCGACUGCUCAACAACCGUCAACUUGAAGCACGGAAGAAGGGAAACUUCACAGAAGAAGACGCCCUCGCAGUCGCUGCCCCAAUCCGUGCCCUCAAAACAAUGUUCCCCAACUCCAAUUUCGCGAAAGACUCGAUUCUGGAUGUUUUUGCCCCCGCCCCAGUGCCUGGCCAACCUCGACCGCUGAUUUUGCGCGACAUGGGGGCGGUCCAGAACAGUUGGGUAUCAACUGAGCUCUUCUUACACUACUUCUCUGGCAAGGGCGCCAGUCCAGCGGUUUGUGAUCUUCUCAUUGUCCUAGUCUUUGGUGCUUAUUUGUUUGUGCAGCUCAAGAAAAGCACAGUAGCGCGCGUUGAGGUCCUGGAAUCGUAG